AUGGCCAAGGUUACAAAGUCCAAGUCUAAGGCUGCUCCUAAGGCAGCUACAAAGCCAACGACCAAACCUUCUAGUAAGAGAUCUCACGAGGAAUCUGACUCAGAAUCUGAUGCCGAAGACAAUGAAAAAUUAAUCGAUGAGCUUGAUGAUGAGUUCGAUGAAGUUGCUCAACUUUUAGGAGACGAUGUAAAGGAUCCAUCAGCCAAGAAAUCCAAGAAAGCUGCCAAAUAUGAAGUAGAUGAAGCCAAGACUAGAGAGCUCACCAAGCCCAAAGUUAGUGCUGAAGUACCAUCUGCAUCUGCAGAUGUCUCCACUGCUACAACCGACUUCAACGAUGUCGGGUUCUCUGAGCCAACUUUGCGUGCAAUUAAUGAAAUGGGCUUCACCAAGAUGACUGAGGUUCAGGCUAGAACCAUUCCACCUCUUCUUGCUGGACGUGAUGUCCUUGGGGCUGCCAAGACUGGUUCUGGUAAGACGUUGGCGUUCUUAUUGCCAGCUAUUGAAAUGCUUUAUUCAUUGAAGUUCAAGCCAAGAAAUGGUACUGGUGUAAUUGUAGUUUCCCCAACUAGAGAAUUAGCACUCCAAAUCUUUGGAGUUGCAAGAGAAUUAAUGCAGCAUCAUACCCAAACUUUUGGUAUCGUAAUUGGAGGAGCCAACAGAAGACAAGAGGCUGAGAAGUUAAUGAAGGGUGUUAACAUUUUGAUUGCGACUCCAGGUAGAUUAUUAGAUCAUUUACAAAACACUCCAGGCUUUAUCUUCAAAAACUUGAAGGCUUUAGUUAUUGAUGAGGCUGACAGAAUUUUGGAAAUCGGGUUCGAAGAGGAAAUGAAACAAAUAAUCAAGAUCUUACCAAAGGAAGAGAGACAAUCAAUGUUGUUCUCUGCCACUCAGACCACCAAGGUGGAAGAUUUAGCAAGAAUCUCGUUGAGACCAGGUCCACUUUAUAUCAACGUUGUACCUGAGAAAUCUGUAAGUACGGCAGACGGAUUGGAACAAGGAUAUGUUGUUUGUGAGUCAGAUAAGAGAUUCCUUUUACUCUUUUCAUUUUUGAAAAGAAACGUGAAGAAGAAGAUCAUUGUGUUUUUGUCGUCAUGUAACUGUGUAAAGUACUUUGGAGAAUUAUUGAACUAUAUCGACUUGCCAGUGUUGGACUUGCACGGUAAGCAAAAGCAACAAAAGAGAACAAAUACUUUUUUCGAGUUUUGUAACGCCAAACAAGGUAUUUUGAUCUGUACUGAUGUGGCAGCUAGAGGUUUGGACAUCCCGCUGGUGGAUUGGAUCAUUCAAUUCGAUCCACCUGAUGAUCCAAGAGAUUAUAUUCACAGAGUCGGUAGAACCGCCAGAGGUACUGAUGGUAAGGGUCGUUCUUUGAUGUUCUUGACUCCUCUGGAAUUGGGAUUCUUAAGAUACUUGAAGGCGGCAAACGUACCAUUGAACGAAUAUGAAUUUCCAACAGACAAGAUUGCCAACGUGCAAUCGCAAUUAACCAAAUUAAUCAAAAGUAACUACUGGUUACACCAAUCUGCCAAGGAUGGGUACAGAUCGUACUUACAGGCUUAUGCAUCGCAUCACUUGAAAACUGUAUACCAAAUCGACAAGAUGGAUCUCACUAAGGUGGCCAAAUCAUUCGGGUUCGAAGUGCCCCCUAAGGUAAAUAUAACCAUCGGAGCAAGCGGCAAGUCAGUUGAAAAGAAGCAUAAGAAGCAGAGAAGAGAUAAGAAUUAG